AUGCGCACCAUUCUCAUUCUAUAAAUACCGAAGAUUGAACAACAAAUUCUUCAGACACAUCCAACAGAGAAGAAAAGAAAUUGAGAGGAAAACAAGCAAACAAAAUGAAUGUGAAUGUUAUCUUAUUAGCCCUUAUUUUUUUCUUCUUCAUGUGGACAAUAUGUUUUGCCCAAAAUACCCCUGAAGACUUCCUUUCAGUUCACAAUGAGGCUCGUGAAGAGGUUGGUGUGGGUCCACUCUCAUGGAACCACACACUUGAAGCCUACGCUCAGCGCUACGCCAACGAGAGGAUCCCGGACUGCAACCUGGAACACUCCAUGGGGCCUUACGGCGAGAACAUCGCCGAAGGCUACGGCGACAUGAAGGGCUCUGACGCCGUGAAGUUUUGGUUGACGGAGAAGCCAAAUUAUGACUACCACUCAAACUCAUGCGUUAACGAUGAGUGCCUGCAUUACACUCAGAUAGUGUGGCGUGAUUCGGUUCAUGUUGGGUGCGCAAGAGCUAAGUGUAACAACCAUUGGGAGUUCGUUAUCUGCAGCUAUGACCCACCCGGCAACAUUGAAGGCCAACGUCCCUAUUGAUUAAGCUAUGCUCACUACUCAUCUCAAAAUAAUAUCAAGUAUAUGCAUGUCACUAAAGGUAAAAACUCAAGGGAAGUCGACUUCACGUAAAGUUGAUAUCUGAGAGCCGUGAGAUAAAAGUUUAGUCAAUUCAGUCAAAUUAUCUAACGACUAUCGGGUAUCAACUUCAUGUGAAGUCGAUUACACAUGAGUUUUCACCAUCACUAAAUCAAGGUGGAAUUUAAGUUCACGUCAAGUUGAUAACUGAGAGACAUGAAAAUUUAUUCAAAUCAUUUAAAUUAUUUAACGGCUCUCAUCUAUCAACUUUACGUGAAGUUGACUACACUUAAAUUUUUAUCCUAAAUCAAUUAUCCAUGUUGUGUAUUUUAAUAUAUAAUGUGUGGGAUAAAACGGGUUGAAUCGUGUUCUAAUAUUAAAUUUAUACCAAUGAUGUGAAUAUUAAUAA